UCUUCGAGCAACUUUUAAGGUCAGGGAAGGACAAGACUUGAAAAUAAUGGUGCAAUUUUGAGGUUAAGUUGAGAACAACACAAAAUUUGUAUUUAUGAAGUGUAUUUGGGGCACAUUCGGGGCUCUUAUAGUAAUAAUAAAAAUAGGUUAUCGACGACGACAAGACAUUAAAAAGUAGUAACAAUAAAUAUGUUGUUUUUUUAUUCAUGCAUUUGCAAAAAUUACACAAAUAUUGCAAUUGUUAGUUAUCUACCUUAAUUGUUGUUUUAAUUAAACCGAAGAAUUUGGGUUUGUAAAAAUUUUAAAAUCAAUUAAAAUACCCACUCACUCCCUCCUCUCUUCGUCUCUUUUUCAACUCUAACCUCAAAAUUAUCAUCAGUGUUUUGGCGGUUUUCUAGGGUAAACAAGUUAAUUCAUGAAGACACGUUCUAGAUUUCUCCAAUAAUAUCAUUUUUAACAUGUUUCAAAGCAGCAUAAGAUCUUUCUUUACUCCAGUCAAAGAUAACGAAGAAUGUGUGGACGGAAAAAUUGCCGUCUCUAAUGGGGGCCCAUUGCAAGCGAAACAAAGCAGUAAGAGGCCUAGGAAGUCAAGCAGUGCUGACAGCUCCCCAGAUGUCAAGAAGGCUUGCCCCUCCAGCGACUCCCCCACGAAGUCUGAUAAAGAGAACAAAAAGGAAGUAGAGAAGUCACCUAAAAGUGCUUCGCCUAGUCAAAAGCUGGUAAAACCCCUGUCAGUUAAAGAUUCUGCUGAAAAUGAUUCCUAUAAUCCAAAUGUUGCAAAAUAUCAUCCUCUUGAAGACGCCACUUGGAAGCAGGGUGAACGAGUGCCAUACAUCGCCUUAACUCGAACAUUGGAGGAAAUUGGGAAUAUAUCUAGCAGAUUAAAAAUAAUUGAAAUUUUGAGUAACUUUUUCCGUUCUGUAAUCCUCCUAAGCCCCGAUGAUUUGCUGCCGUCGCUUUAUUUGUGUUUGAAUAAACUCGGCCCGGCCUAUGAAGGUCUUGAGCUUGGGGUCGCUGAAACCAGUCUUAUGAAAGCCAUCGCGUCCUCGACUGGCCGCUCAAUGUCGCAAAUAAAAACCGAUUGUCAGGAAUUAGGCGACCUUGGGUUGGUCGCUGAACAGUCAAAAACAAACCAAAGGAUGCUUUUUCAGCCCGCAAGACUUUCAGUUUUCGGAGUUUUUGAAAAACUGAAAGAAAUCGCCAAAUUGACAGGACAUGCUUCCCAAACUAAGAAAAUUGAAAAAAUACAAACAAUGUUCGUGGCUUGUAAAAAAUCAGAAGCGCGAUUUUUGAUUCGUUCAUUGACUGGAAAACUACGAAUUGGGUUAGCUGAACAGUCGGUUUUGCAAGCCUUGGCUCUUGCUUGUGCCCUAAAUCCCCCAAAUUCAAAAUCGCCGGUGAAAAGUGUUAAUGUUGGGAAAAAAAUUGCGUCGGAGGAUUUUAAAGUGGAGUAUGAUAAGUUGGCUCUUAUCCUUAAAACCACUUAUUGUGAGUGUCCCAAUUACGACUUGAUAAUUCCAAGGUUGUUGUCGGACGGAAUUGAAAAAUUGCCACAAUUUUGCAAACUCACUCCGGGGAUUCCCCUAAAACCCAUGUUGGCGCACCCCACGAAAGGCAUCCAGGAGGUUUUGCAACGGUUUGAUGGGCGGAAAUUCACCUGCGAAUGGAAGUAUGACGGAGAGAGGGCCCAGAUCCACAUAAGUGGCAAAGACGUUUUCAUAUUUAGUCGUAAUCAAGAAAACAACACUUCUAAAUACCCGGAUAUAAUAUCUCGAAUAGACAAAUGCAAGGAUGAGAAGGUUGAAUCUUGUGUCCUUGAUUGUGAAGCAGUGGCUUGGGAUCGGGAAAAGAAAGUGAUCCUCCCCUUCCAAAUCCUCAGUACUCGAAAGCGUAAAGACGCGGAUGAAUCCUCAAUCAAAGUGCAAGUUUGCGUCUUCAUGUUCGAUCUUUUAUACUUAAACGGCGAGUCUUUGGUGAAAAAACCCUUCAUUGAGCGUCGAAAUCUCCUCAAAGAGCAUUUCAAAGAAGUGGAAGGUGAGUGGUGUUUUGUCACUUCCUUAGACACAACCACCAUGGAAGAAGUGCAAGAAUUCCUCGAGGAGAGUAUCAAAGGGAAUUGCGAGGGUUUAAUGGUGAAAACUCUCGAGAAAGAAGCCACUUACGAAAUCGCCAAACGCUCUCACAAUUGGUUGAAAUUGAAAAAAGACUACUUGGAUAGUUGUGGGGAUACUCUCGAUUUGGUGGUGAUUGGGGGCUAUUUGGGCAAGGGGAAACGCACAGGAACCUACGGGGGCUUUCUCCUGGCUUGCUACGACCAAGAAAGCGAGGAGUUUCAAAGCAUUUGCAAAAUUGGUACCGGAUUUUCCGACGAAGCUUUGCAACAACAUUCGGAAUUUUUGAAAAAUCAUAUUAUUGAGGGUCCUAGACCAUAUUAUAGGUUCGAUGGGAGUCAUGAGCCUGACCAUUGGUUCGAUUCUGUGCAAGUGUGGGAGGUGAAAUGUGCCGAUUUGUCGCUAUCUCCAGUACACAGGGCCGGAAUUGGAAUCGUUGAUUCUGAGAAGGGGAUUUCGCUACGAUUCCCGAGAUUUGUCCGUGUUAGAGAGGAUAAGACUUCAGAAGAGGCUACAUCGUCGCAACAAGUCGCUUCAAUGUAUUCUAAUCAGGAACAGGUGAAGAAUCAAGUUGGAACAAGUAAAGCCCCCGAGGAAGACUUUUAUUGAGCGAAUUGUCAAUCUCAAGUGACAAAAUGUUUAUUUAUUAAUAGUAUCACAGUAUGUUUUAAAGUGUUCUCCUUGUAAGCUUAUAAUAAUAAAUUUUCAAUCAAU